UCGUGAAUCAACAAAAUUCUGGAUUGCAGAGCAUGGAUACCGAGCAAAUUCUCGAUUUAUUCAAUGUAACCUCUGACAAGAGUGGUCAAAAAAGCGCAAAUAAUUCAAGUGUCAACAACGGUGGUCUCGGAUCGAAAGGAAAGAAAAUCUCGACAAAAAAUGUUCUUGAUGGAUUGGAAAACCUUUGGGAUGACUCUCAAUACGAGGAUCUAAAUUUAGAUAAUUUUAUCGAAUCUCUUAAUUCUGAUCUCUAG